CGUGGCUUUAAAAAGAAAAGAUUAAUUAAAUACAUGAAACAGAAACUGCAAAUGCAAAGCAGAAGAUAACUGUGUUAUUCAUUUAAUUAAACAACAAAAAGAAUAUUCAAUUUUAACUCUGCAGUAAUUAAUUAUUUUCUUGCUGUCAUGAAAUUAUUAAAUCACACAUUUAAAUCAAUAAAUAAAUAAUUAAGUCUGGUGGCACCUGCCUCCCCACUGAAAGAAGAUUAACCAAGAGAUAAAUACUACUCGCUAAUCAUCAGUGACUGUGGAAACAGAGGAAUAAAUGACCCUCUUUAGGCUUUACCACACACACAAAUGCAUGUCCUUACACACACUCACAUGAAUUGCCCCGGGCCUUUCUCUACAGUACUACUACAGUACUUUAAAGACUGAAGAAGGGGAAGAAACCUUCAGUAAUCUCUUAAAAACACCCAUUUCUUUCUCUCCUCCCCUCUCCCCCUGUUCCUUAAUGAGCGCCACUCUGCUCUGUUCAGACCAGGAGGCAGACUUCACAUGUAAACUAAAGCUGUGUGGACUCAUUGCUCAGCUAUGCAGUAGAGCGGAGGAUUAGCUCAAGCUGAGCGCCAGUGCAGGGAUUGGGCAUUUGGCCAUUUAUCCAUCACCUGGCGGACUGAGAGAGACACUACCAUACUCUUUGUCUCUUUCCACUCAAAUCUCCUCUUGUCGUUCUCCUUCUCCCUUUCUCCUUCUACCCCUCUUCCCCCUCUCUCUCCACCAUGACCCUUCUAUCAGAGGACCGGUCUGCGAGGCCUCAACCCUGCCGGCUCCAGGAGCCUGGCAAACACAUCAGCACUUCUUUGUACCCAACAGACUUCACUGGCUCCAAAGAGGACUACAUGGAUAACGGGGAGAACGCUGUGUUUGGAGCCGUGGAGCACCCCAGGCGCUCACGGGGCCGCCUUAUCCUCCACGGCAUGGUCAUGUUUGGAAGGGAAUUCUGCUUGGCCGUGGAGGCAGCAUUCGUUACACCGGUACUUCUGAGCGUGGGCCUGCCACGCAGCCUGUACAGCUUGGUGUGGCUGAUCAGCCCCAUCCUGGGCUUCCUGCUCCAGCCCAUCAUCGGCUCAGCCAGCGACUACUGCCGCUCGUCGUGGGGCCGGCGGAGGCCUUACAUCCUGGCCCUGGGCAUCCUCAUGCUGCUGGGAAUCACCCUGUUCCUGAACGGAGAUGCAGUCAUCUCAGCACUAGUCAGCGACAGGUCACUGAGGAGCACAUGGGCCAUAGUGGUGGUGAUGUUGGGAGUCGUGCUGUUUGACUUCGCUGCAGACUUCAUCGACGGGCCCAUCAAGGCCUACCUGUUUGAUGUGUGUUCAUAUCAUGACAAGGAGAGAGGUCUACACUACCAUGCUCUACUCACAGGUCUGGGGGGAGCGUUUGGCUACCUGGUGGGAGCUAUGGACUGGGGUCACUCUAUUUUGGGUCAGCUGCUGGGCUCCGAGUACCAAGUCAUCUACUUCUUCUCAGCAUUGACCUGGGGCAUCUUCCUCACCGUGCACCUAUUCAGUAUUCCAGAGCAACCUCUGGGCAAAGACCCAUCUUCCUCCAAUACCUCACCUCUCAGCGCCCUCCGCCUACUGGGCUCCCACAGCAAUGGUUACGGAGCGCUGGCUAAAGAGCCCGUCUCACCUGUAGGACCUGCAUCCGUCCCAGACCUCAGGCCUCGGUCGUUCUCUGCUCUGGGGGAGGCCAACUCAGUGACCUCCAGUGCCAAGCAGCCAAACAAGGAGGCCCAGAAGAGGAUGACGUUCAGGUCGAUGAUGAGAGCGAUCAUCAACAUGCCAAGCCACUACCGCUACCUGUGUGUCAGUCACCUGCUGGGAUGGACGGCCUUCCUCUGCAUCAUGCUCUUCUUCACAGAUUUUAUGGGACAGAUUGUGUACAAGGGAAAUCCUUAUGCAGACCAUAACUCCACAGCCUACACCACAUAUGAGAGAGGAGUAGAAGUGGGCUGCUGGGGACUGUGUAUCAAUGCAGUGUCCUCUGCUCUCUACUCCUAUGUGCAGCGUUUCCUCCUCCCAUACAUCGGCCUGAAGGGAUUAUACUUUGUGGGCUACUUUGUAUUCGGCUUGGGCACCAGCCUGAUUGGCCUUUUCCCCAAUAUCAUCGCCACGCUCAUUCUCUGCACCGUGUUCGGCGUCAUGUCCAGCACGCUCUACACCAUCCCAUUCAACCUGGUAGCGGAGUAUCAGCGGGAAGAGGAGGAACAACUGAAGUUGCGAGGAAGCAUUGGAAGUGUGCGAGGCAGCGGGGUGGACUGUGCCGCCCUCACCUGCAUGGUCCAGCUGGCUCAGAUCCUUGUGGGCGCGGGUCUCGGCGCUCUGGUCAACAUGGCAGGAAGUGUAAUCGUGGUGGUCAUCUCGGCCUCGACCGUGUCCCUGUUCGGCUGCAUCUUCAUCGCCCUCUUUAUCAGAUAUGUGGACUAAUGCUCAUAUAAAAUUAUUUUAAUGGUAUUGUUUUAAUAAAUACAGAUUCUUUAUUAUAUCCUUAAAAUGUCUUUGAUUGUUGACCAGUUUUCACCUUGAGGUGGCACAGACAUGGGUGUCUUUUUGUCAUCUUUUUCUGUGUGGUGUGGCACAGGAAGCCAAAUAGUUAAUAUUAAAGGAAAACACGCUUAUUUGCUGUCUUGCUGAGAGUUAGAUGAGAAGAUUGAUACCAUUCUAGUCUAUUGGCGGAAGAAGUAUUUAGAUCCUUCACUUGAGUAAAAGUACAUUAAGUAAUAUUUUGGAAGCAGAACCUUUACUUCAGAGUAUAUAUAUACUGUGGCAUUGCUGCUUGUACUUGUGCUUUGUUGACAUUGCCGGGCCGGCCCCGCGUGCCUUUUAGUGCAUGUUCAUGCAUGUGAGCGUGCCCCACUGCCAAGUUCACGGCUGGCAAUCUGCACUGCGCUCAUAUGGGCGUUACAGCUGAUAACGCCGUCCCAAUCUCCUCAUUAUUUCUCUGUUUCUACCUCAACGCUUUGUAAAGUCUAGAGGCUCAGUUUUCAAAGCUUUUCACUCUUGUUAUUCACUUGUAAUAAUAAUAUACUACAGAAGACAGGAGCUGCGCCUGAAGCCACUAUAAAUAGUUCUGCCAACGUUUCACAUGUUUUUCACUGUGACUGACGCACUUUCAUCUGUUUUCAUAUGGUAUAUGGACUGUAUUUAUAGAGCACGUUUCUUAUGCAAGGCAUACUUUGACAGGAGGAGUUGAGGAUCAAACCGACGACUGGCUCGACCUCCUGAGCCACAGCUGCCCCCCUAUGUACAUUGAUUAAAAAAAUAAAUAAAUUGUGGCGCACAACACGAACUUUCCAUCUAAAUAUCUUUGAAAAUGUGUUUCCUAGUCAUUCAAAACACAUCAAAGGCUCCCUGGGAGCUCGAGGGACGUAUUGGCUCGUCCCUCGAGGAACACACGCUGUUACAUUAGAAUUUCUAAUCAUGAUUUUGAUCCAAGUCAUUUUUCUUCCCCUCAAAGGGGAUUUUGCCGACAUGAAUUGCUUCCUGUGUGUGUUAAAUUGAUGAGUGUGUGUGCACCGUGGGUGACGGAUUCAACAUCCACCUGAC